AUCAACAACGAAUCCUUCAUCCAUUUUCUCACAAAACACCUUUCUCCUCCACAAGAGAUCUGAGUUGAGGACUCCUCGACUUUGUGCGACCACAGUCCGACACUCGCAAUCAUGCCUCCAACCACGAUCCAUUCCGCGCCGGCACUCGACUCCUUCACUGCUCUCGCAGAUCAUCAAUCACAAACACCAACGAGUUUCUACGGAGCUAAACCAGUCCUUCAUUACCAUGGUGUUGGCGUUCGUGUCCUGAUUGCGCAAGAUCAUCUCUCGAAGCUGCCAAUCUUCGCAAUCCCCGAAGGCGUGCAAACAGGCGUAAAUGUCGAGCCUCCAACAGAAAUCGUACCUGGACCAGCUCCAAAAGUUACGGAGAGCGUUGACGCAUUUGUUACUUCCGAGAAUCUUACCCUCUUCAACACAACUUUAUCCACCGGCGUCUCAAUCCCCUACCCUGCGAUAUCUCUCCACGCCAUCCAACGACUGGCUGAUCCCGCCGACUCUAGUACAGAAGUGCAAGGACUCUACAUGCAGCUCGAGCUUUCAGACCCGUAUGGGGUUACCGAUGAAGAUGAGCCUGAAAUCGCCGAAUUGACGCUCAUACCUACGACUUCCGGCGAGGCGGGCAUAAAAGAGUUGUUUGAGGCCGUCUCCAACUGCUCGAAUCUCCACCCGGACCCCGCGUAUGAAGACGAGGAGAUGGAGGACGGAGAUGGUGAUAGCAGGAUUGUCUUUGAGGGAAGCGUUGGUUAUGAUGGCAUCAGCGGACUCCCUGGAGUUCAGCGAGGAGCUGCAGAUGGGGGACUACCACCGCCAUUUCCUGGAAGUGGGGGAUGGAUCACUGCUGAAAACGUAUCAGAAUAUUUUGAUGCGGAGGGAAAUUGGAUUGCUGGUGAGGACGAAGGCGAGGAGAGUGAGAGCUUGGGUGAAGGUGCUGGACGGGUCCGAAACCGCGAAGAACUAGAAGGAGAUGGCUUGAAUGGGCAUAGUGAGCACGACGAUGAGACCAAGCGACCACGAACGGACUAGGUAGCGAAUGUGGGGUGCUCUGGUGGCCAAGGACACGCACACAAGUAAGAAUCAAAACCUUGUUCGUCCAAUAGUAUCGGAAGCGGUUAUAUGAUGUGGGGAGAUUGUUCUGGAGAAGAGCUGACCCUUGAUGGUGCCGAUUGAGACGGUUCCAUGCUCAUGGCUGAUUAUUCUCCGCCUUCCAUCCAUUUCACGUCGUAUUCGUGACCCCCCCC